UCUAUCGGUGUGCCGCGCACGUAGUUCACAUCGUCACGUCCUACGAAAGUAAGACAGAUCACUACUUAUUUCUCUGGCGAGGUCCGCGAGCAAGCCACAUUUUCACCAUGCUGACCGUUCUGGUUGCUGUAGCACUUUGUGGAAUGGCGUCAGCCACACCACAAACAAAGUUCGCAAUUAACUACCCAGGUACUCUGUGGUGCGGUACCGGCACCCCUAACGCGGACCCGUACGAGCCUCAACUCGGGAACCCUCCUAGCGUGGACCGCUGCUGUCUCGGACACUACCUCUGCCCCGACUACAUCCCAGCUUGGGCUGAAAAGUACGGCAUGACGAACAUGCGUCCCCACACCAUCACCAGCUGUGACUGUGGCCGGACCCUGUACGCCUGUCUGCAGGACGAGUACUAUGAUAACCCGGCCGUGCAGACGGAAGCUGAGGCGGUUGGUUACCUGUUCAGUAACGUUAUGGGUGCCUGUUUCGAGUGGGAGGAAGGACCAGAUGGAAGCCCGAUGGCUGUUCCAGCCUACCUGCCGCUCUGGUCUACUUCGUAAAACACAUAAUCUUGUGACAGACAAAAGGGGGUCAUUCCAUAAUAAAUAUUUCCCUACAU